AUGUACUGAUCACCACUAGAGCAGUUCGAGAUCAAGCCACUGCUACAGCUCAACUCACUCUACACCCUAAGCCUAACCAACUACGUCAUCUACAUCGUGCUAGUAGGUAGCAUCAUCUACGGGUACAGCGCCAUCAUAGGACCCAAGGUAGUGUCAAGCCGAUGAAGCCUAGCGAUAGAGACCAUCAACGACACCAUCAGCAACCUGACGCAGAGAGAGGGAGCCUACCUACCGCUCCUGUUCACAACCUUCAACGUCAUCCUCGUAGCCAACCUCAUCUCGAUGAUCCCCUACUCAAUGGCCAUCACAGCACAGCUAGUCCUGAUCAUCUCGUGAUCCCUGACCCUAUGAAUAGGUAACGUACUGAUCGGGCUACGGCUACACCGCCUAGAGUACUUCGGCCUGUUCGUGCCAACAGGGACACCGCUAGCACUAGUGCCGGUACUGGUAGUCAUCGAGACACUGUCAUACAGCUCGAGAGCCAUCUCCCUAGGACUACGUCUAUCGGCCAACAUCCUAUCGGGACACCUACUCAUGGUCAUCCUAGGUGGACUGAUCCUAAGCCUCAUGAGCACCUCAACGGCAGGACUCGUAGGAGGGAUCAUCCCCAUCACAGGGGUAGUAGCGAUCGUGUGCCUAGAGUUCGGGAUCUCAGUGAUCCAAGCCUACGUCUUCAGCAUCCUACUGAUAGGCUACAUCAGGGACAGCGUCAACCUCCACUAG